UGUUUGUCCAUUCGCACUUUCCGUAUUGGGAGCUUGCUUGCCGCAGGGGACCCAUGCGUUGUUUACAGAAAUGCUAAUAUUCAGUGACCGUCUUCGUUGUGUCUGGUGACAGUUGAUUACUGCUUAACCACCAUCACAUAACGUCUCUUCAGCAAUAGAAACUAUGGCAGACCAUGCUCCUUCUGUUGCCAUGGAGGCCGUGCUUAAGCCCAGUUGCGACCUCCCAGAGGACAUGCCCAAAAUCAGAGGCUACGACUUCAACCAGGGGGUUGAUCUCCAGGCAGUGCUGAAGUCCUACCUCACCACGGGCUUCCAGGCCAGCAGGUUUGGCUUGGCUGUCCAGGAGAUCAACCACAUGAUAGAGAAGCGUCUUGAGCCAGUGGAGGCAGAUGAAGGAAAUGAGUGUAAAGAGUCUGGUGAAUCCCCUCGCAAGUUGGGCUGCACCAUCUUCCUGGGUUACACCUCCAACCUCAUUAGCUCCGGAGUCAGAGAGAGCAUCCGCUACCUGGCAGAGCACAAAAUGGUGGAUGUGAUUGUAACCACAGCUGGAGGCAUAGAGGAGGAUUUCAUCAAGUGUCUAGCUGACACGUACUUGGGAGACUUCAGUCUGCCUGGCAAGGACCUCCGCCAGAGGGGCAUCAACAGGAUAGGGAAUCUGUUGGUGCCCAAUGACAACUACUGUAAGUUUGAAGACUGGCUGAUGCCCAUCCUGGACCAGAUGUUAUUGGAGCAGAACACAGAGGGCACCCGUUGGACUCCCUCCAAAAUGAUCCAUCGGCUUGGCAAGGAGAUCAAUAAUACUGAGUCGGUCUACUACUGGGCGUACAAGAAUAACAUUCCAGUGUUCAGUCCUGCUCUGACAGACGGCUCUCUGGGCGACAUGAUCUACUUCCACUCUUUUAAGAACCCUGGUUUGGUUUUGGACAUAGUGGAAGAUAUUCGCAGGUUGAACAGCCAGGCGGUGUUUGCCAAAAGGACAGGAAUGAUCAUCCUGGGAGGAGGGCUGGUCAAACAUCAUAUAUCUAAUGCUAAUCUUAUGAGGAACGGAGCUGACUACGCUGUGUUUGUGAACACGGGUCAGGAGUUCGAUGGCUCUGACUCUGGGGCCAGACCUGAUGAAGCCGUGUCCUGGGGCAAAAUCAGAAUGGAUGCCAAACCCAUUAAGGUGUAUGCAGAUGCCUCUUUAAUCUUCCCUCUGAUGGUGGCCGAGACCUUCGCUCUCCACGCUGACAAGCUGACUGCCGGCAAGAAAACAGAUUAAAUGGUUGCCUCCUUAAAUGCUCUGUUAGAAACAACAACCAGCUUUGUUCCUCUGUUUCUUCCAUUGUUUGACAAAGUGCAGAUAGAAGUUUCUGUUGAAUAUACAUGUUUAAGGCAUGUCAAUUUUUUGAAGCAGCAUUACAUACAAUGCUGCAAUUGAAAACCUUAUUUUAUGGGAGUCAUUGGUGAAGAAUUCCUGUCUAAAUGCUCUCCAUAACUAUAUUUACUUGUUAAAACAAGUACAGUUUUUUUCCCCCCGUCUAUCCAGACAACUGAAAUAGCAUGGGUAGUAUGCUAUUGCAUGUACCAAAGAGACUGUCUAGAAUGCAUCAGGUUUUAGCUGUGAGAGUAUGUGAGAUACACACUCAUGAGGCAUUGUUAUUUAGCCAAGAGUUUUGAUUUAUUUUAGUUUAGUUGUCACAUCACUUGAAUAUUACCGCAUUGCUUCUCAGUUUUUACAUCCAAACAUUUACCUUAUUGUCACUGUUACAGGAUGGAAGAUGUGCCUGUAUAGCUUAAUAAAUCAUAAAUGAAUAAAUUUCUUCCUGUAAUGGACUAUUACAAUUAGCCUUUGUGUAGUAGGUUUGUGUGAUAGGGCCACAAGGAGUCCACUUAAUUUCACAUGCUUGUGAUCUUUGUUGAAGAAAAGGAUAUACACAUUUCUUUUUUUGCUUUACAGGGCACACAGGACAUUACUGCUGAUCUGAGAUGAAAACUAAUCUGUAGAAUAUUAAAUAAAGUUUGAAGUUCCUAAUUUGCAUUUGAAACAUGUCCAGGAAGAAAAAAGUGAACCACUAGUGUUGCUGUUGUUACUGUAACACUUUGAGAGAUCCACUCAGUGGCCACUUCAUUAGGUACCUGUACAAUCUAUUGCAAUUCAAUACAACAGUGCUGUCAUAAAUUGUACCUUUUACGAAGUUUAUAAUGUUUAGUUUUUGGUGAGGAUGUGUAAAUUCAGAUACAUGUUAAUUAUUGAGAUCAUAGUUGUGGUGUUGUACUGGACUGUACUAUAUUGAGAGGUGUUUCCAAUUUCUUGUCCUUUCAAAUGCUGUCCAGUACAACACGCCACUAAGUAUGACCUCAAUGCUAAAACACAGAAUUUAAAUAACACCUCUAUCACAGUGUCAACAAAAACUGAGCAUCAUAAAAUUUAACUUUAUGGCAGAGCAGUUGCAUUGGAUUGCAGGUGUACCUAAUAAAGUGGACACUGAGUGUAUUUAUCUAUUUUAUAUACCUUAAAUUGUAUAACCUGUUUGUUUUUGUAAUUGAGAGACUCAAACAUCCUUCUGUAAACUGAUUCAGCUUCCAAUCUUUUGACAGUUUUGUUCUUAAUAAACGAAAGACAACUCA